GGCUCUGCCGCGGGCGGGCAGCUGUCGGCCGCGCACCGUCUGGGGGCUUGCGCGGGGGGCUGCAGCUUUCCCCGGCCCGGAGCAGGUGUGCGGGGCCGGGAGGAGAGCCGGGGGGAGCGGGCCGGGCCCGGGGCUGCGGCUGCGGCUGCGCCCCCCCCCCCCCCAGCCCCGCCAGCCCGAGCGCUCGGAGGUAGAAAGGAAAGGUCUGGACAGGGUGGCUGGACCAGUGGCAGAAUCCAGUGGCAGACUCUGGACUUGAGGGUUCUAGGCUGUGGUCUGUAGAAGCAAAGGACAGAAGGACUCAAAUCCAGGCCAACUGUAUGGCUGUCUGAGGUGUUGGAACAGAAGGAGGUCCAUUCCUGUUGGUGACAACACUGUGGCCCUGUUCUGGGAUGACCGAGGUAUAAAGGUUGCCCCCAAGAAAGUGCAGCGGAGUCCUUGCGUCUUGUGGCAGCUGACGUGCCCAGCCCUGAGUCCGUGGGAGCUGAAGGCAGCCCGGCCCCUUCUCAUGGGCAGCGCCCACCUGUGCUGAGGUCCUGCGGUCGUGGCAAUAAGAGGAGCUGUGCAGUCAGUUGUCCCUGAAAAUGUCUGACAGUCUGGAUAAUGAAGAGAAACCCCCGGCCCCACCGCUGAGAAUGAACAGUAACAACCGAGAUUCUUCGGCACUCAACCACAGUUCCAAACCACUUCCCAUGGCCCCUGAAGAGAAGAAUAAGAAAGCCAGGCUUCGCUCUAUCUUCCCAGGAGGAGGGGAUAAAACCAAUAAGAAGAAGGAGAAAGAACGCCCAGAGAUCUCUCUUCCUUCAGACUUUGAACAUACGAUUCAUGUGGGGUUUGACGCAGUCACCGGGGAGUUCACUAACUCCCCCUUCCAGACUUCUAGACCUGUGACGGUCGCUUCAAGUCAAUCAGAGGGAAGAAUGCCAGAUCUCUAUGGCUCACAGAUGUGCCCAGGGAAGCUCCCAGAGGGAAUCCCUGAGCAGUGGGCACGGUUACUCCAAACCUCCAACAUAACAAAACUGGAACAGAAGAAGAACCCACAAGCUGUCCUGGAUGUUCUCAAAUUCUACGAUUCCAAAGAAACGGUCAACAACCAGAAAUACAUGAGCUUUACGUCAGGAGAUAAAAGCGCACAUGGAUACAUAGCAGCCCAUCCCUCGAGUACAAAAACAGCAUCAGAGCCUCCUUUGGCUCCACCUGUGUCUGAAGAAGAAGAGGAAGAAGAGGAAGAAGAAGAAGAUGACAAUGAGCCCCCCCCAGUUAUUGCACCAAGACCCGAGCAUACAAAAUCAAUCUACACUCGUUCUGUGCUGGAAUCCAUUGCUUCACCGGCAGCACCAAAUAAAGAGGUCACACCACCUUCUGCUGAGAAUGCCAACUCCAGUACUUUGUAUAGAAACACAGAUCGGCAAAGGAAAAAAUCCAAGAUGACGGACGAGGAGAUCCUAGAGAAGCUAAGAAGCAUUGUGAGUGUCGGUGACCCAAAGAAAAAAUACACAAGAUUUGAAAAAAUAGGCCAAGGGGCAUCAGGUACUGUUUACACAGCGCUAGACAUUGCCACAGGACAGGAGGUGGCCAUAAAGCAGAUGAACCUUCAACAGCAGCCCAAAAAGGAAUUAAUUAUUAAUGAAAUUCUGGUCAUGAGGGAAAAUAAGAACCCCAAUAUUGUUAAUUAUUUAGAUAGCUACUUAGUGGGUGAUGAACUAUGGGUGGUCAUGGAAUACUUGGCUGGUGGCUCUCUGACUGAUGUGGUCACAGAGACCUGUAUGGAUGAAGGCCAGAUAGCAGCUGUCUGCAGAGAGUGCCUCCAAGCUCUGGACUUUUUGCACUCAAACCAAGUGAUCCAUAGAGACAUAAAGAGUGACAAUAUUCUUCUUGGGAUGGAUGGCUCUGUUAAAUUGACUGAUUUUGGGUUCUGCGCCCAGAUCACCCCCGAGCAAAGUAAACGGAGCACUAUGGUGGGAACUCCCUACUGGAUGGCGCCUGAGGUUGUAACUCGAAAAGCUUAUGGUCCGAAAGUUGAUAUCUGGUCUCUGGGGAUUAUGGCAAUCGAAAUGGUGGAAGGUGAACCCCCUUACCUUAAUGAAAAUCCACUCAGGGCAUUAUAUCUGAUAGCCACUAACGGAACCCCAGAGCUCCAGAAUCCUGAGAGACUGUCAGCUGUGUUCCGUGACUUUUUAAAUCGCUGUCUUGAGAUGGAUGUGGACAGGCGAGGAUCUGCCAAGGAGCUUUUGCAGGUGCUCUUGGCCGGAGGUAAUUCUCUACAUAACUAUGCAAUUAUUUCCAUGGCAUUUGCUACUCUAAUGCUUUACUGGUCAAAGCCCCUUUGCUUGUGAUGCCAAAUGGCAGGCACCUGCUUGCCUGGCAUCCAUUUUUAAAAUUAGCCAAGCCUCUCUCCAGCCUGACUCCUCUGAUUAUCGCCGCAAAAGAAGCGAUUAAGAACAGCAGCCGCUAGGACCGCAAGGCCCACCCUACACCGUCUCCCUCCUGAGUAAGACUGAACUGAGAUGCUGCUGCAGAAAAGAUGGAAGAAAAGACAGCCAAAUGGGGGUGGGGGGCAAUCUUUAACUUUCAAAUGAAUAGAAACUUCUUAUAAGCCUUUUUUCCUACUCCCUCGGAUUAUGUAAUUUAUUUGUAAGCCUGAAUCGCAGCCCGACCAGGGCAGCAAUGUCGAAGUGGCCACCAAGCGGUCACUUCUACCGUGAAGCGAAAGAGCCAGUAGUGAAUCCCCUCAUUUUGUGCAUUCACUUUGAAGAAAAAAAGGGUUUCUCAAAGAUGCACACUCCCUCUUCAUAGUGUCGUGUUCGUUUUUAAGUUAGAGAGUAGUCCCUCUUGCAUUCGAACCUCCUUCAAAACUCCUUACCCAAUGUGAUGUUUUUCACUUGCAUUGUCAUUAGAUGUCCAGGAAAAAAAAAAAAGACGUCAAAAACUUUUUUAAAAAAAAAGAAAGCAAAAAACAAAAAGCAAAAACAAAACAAAACAAAAAAACAAAACAAAACAAAAAAAAUACCCCAGAGCAAGUACUGUGUGAACAUGUGGAAGUCCAUGCCCUAAUAGAGUUGCAAUUUUUUAUUCUUCUAUAGUGGUGGCUUGGUUUGUGUACCUGUUUUUCUGCAUUUGUAUUGGAAAAGGUUUCUUUUAAGGCAUUUUUCCAAAAGCAGAGAGGAGUAUGUGUAUUCAGGAAGGGCUUUUAAAAACUAUCCAAAUAAAGCUCAAAUGGUGAGAUCCUGUCACAUUUUCACGACAAUGCUUAAGAGGUAGUUGAUGUAUCGUUUCUAUAAACCAGCUCGUUCAUCUUCACGAUGCCUGACAAAGGACACGCUGAAACUUGUGGCCCUCCUAUUGGGUAAGUCCAGGUCCUUAACCUGGGAAACCCCGAUAGGAGAAACCAUUCUUAAACAAAGAUGGGACUUGCUCUGAGAGCCAAAAGGAAAGCAAAAGGAGUGUGUAAUGCUGAGGUCUUUGUUGGACAGAAGGAAACAAAAAUCAAGAGACCUAAUUUAAUCCUCUCGUGCUUAUGGAACACAGGCAUUGUCAAAUAGGCACAUUAGGAGAAAAUAGACCCAUUAACCAAUAUUUGCUUAUGAUCAGAAUCACGUGACACGUUAUAACAUUUUGAAAAUGUCUUAAAAGACCUGGAGAACAGAGUUAUUGUAAGUAUUCAGCCCUGUCAGGAAUGAGAGGUCCAUGAAAACUACAUCCCAGUGAACAUUUGGCUCUAAGUACUUGUUCCCAUUUUCCCUCUGUCUCACUGAUUUCUGUUUCAGGAUAUAGCAUAGUCAGACAUCAUCUUUUGAGCUUUUGAAUUUCAAAACCAUGUUCAGACAGAUCUGGAAAUUUUCCAGUGAAAAAUAAUUAGGGUUUGCAAUCAUAUAUCGCAAGAAGUAGCAGUCCAACAAUGUAUCUACUUAUUAAAAAUUCAACAGUUGGCGCUUCCUGAAUCUUCUGAGAGCAGAAAAAUAUCUGGAGGGUGGCUGCAUAGAAAAGGAUAUGCUUCUCUUUCAAAUGUAUUGUCAGUUGCAUAAAUUCUGCAAAGUGGCCUAUCUAAGCCUUGGAGAAGCUAACAGUUUGUGCGAUAGAAGGCUUCUUGAUUUGUAACAUACCGAGAAUCUGAAUAAGAACCUAUUUACAUUCAGCAAGGGGGAGAAAGAGAUCAAUGGCCUGGGCCUCUCUUCUUCUCUGCUAUGGUACAUCUGUCCAUCUAAGCAUCCAUCCAUUCCUUAAAAUGCAAGCACUUUCUUUAGAGAGUUUCUGCUAACCAUGUAGUGCACAUGUUUAUGUUGAGGAAACGGCAACGCUGGUGGAUUUCCCAUUUUCCUAUUGUUUUCUUUGUCUAUAAAAGUUGGGAGGGGCUUGACACCCCCCCCGAAAACACCCACAGUGAGAGAAAACAACAGAUGUGAAAAAGAAAAUCAAAUGGUAACAUUCAUUUGAAGCAUGCUGUGUUCUACUUGACAGAAAGGUGGUUCAGCCUGAAAUUUUUAACACCACACUGUUCCAAUGAGAGAGAGAAAGAGAGAGAGAGGCCUUAAUUUUUAUUUCAUUUAAAGUUAAAUUUUUUUUUUUUUUUUUUAGUGUUUCAUUCAUAGUGCCAGGGAAUUCAAUGAAAUAAUACCUGGGGUGUGAAUAGAAUUCAGUACACUAACUCGGCCCUGCCAGUGGAGAGAACCACAGGGCUAGUCAGGAAGUCCUAGUUGCUGAUUAGCAUCCCUUAUAUGUCAUAAAGGUCUUUUGGGCGGGGAGAGACCUGGAGCAGUGAUCUUUCGGAUCACUCUAGGCAGAGAAAUGGUUGCUCUUUGAUGCUUUCAGUUUUGCAUAUUAACAGCUAGGAGCCAGGUACUUCUUCACCACGCCCCCAUUGUACCAAGAUUCUAUGGUUAUAUAGGGCAGUAGGAUUUACUCUUACAAAUUUAUAUCUAUGUAAAUUUUUAAACGAGAACAGCUUCUAAAAGCCUCUCCCCUGUGUUGGAGAGUUAUGUAUAUUUCUAAUAAGUAUUAGCAAGAAGCUGUUUCUCCUGCCAAAAUGAUGCUGAAGGAUUCACAUUGGGUACACUUGAACAACUUGGACUCCAGGUGGUUAAUCAUUUAUUCCCUUUCUCUGGAUUUUUUUUUUUUUAAGCUCAUCUUGACACAGAUGAGUCUAUCCAGAUCUUUAAAGUUGCUAGCAUGCCCGGAGAUAAUGAGGGCACUUUGUGGAAUGUUGAUUCCAAAAUGUCCUGAGAUAGGGAUAGGGCAGUGGGAAAGUCAGGGAAGGGUGAGAAGCACAGUAGAGAUUAUUUAUUUAAGAAAAAAAAAAAAACAUUAAUGUUGUAGUGAGGAUCCGGUGCGUUGUCAUAAUCCAAUGAGGAUUUUUUGGAUGACACAACCCCCCCCAAAUCAGUCACUAUGUUGGGUAAUGACUUCGUUCUUGAUGAUCUCGUCUAUGUGUCAUUGUAAAUAUUUGUGUGUCCAUGUUCCGUUUUGGCUACUGGAUGGCCAAGUCAUGUAAGAAGAUUUAACUCAAGUAUUUAUUCUUUAAUUGUGUUAUUCAGAUUUCUUCAGGCUUGUGAAUUGCACCCCCGAUGUUGAGUUUAACCACCUGAUCCCCCACAUCUAUUCCUCCCCUGUGAAGCACAUUCCAUUGCUAAAAGAAAAAGAAAUAUGAAAUUGCUUCCUGUCGUCUGUAUAACUGUUUUGAUAGUUUGAGAUGUUUGUCUAUAAAGGAUAUUUCUCAGCUCAAAGAUCGUGUAAAUAACUAUAUUCCCUUGCGCAUUGGGUUGUUUAUUUCUAACGAGGCUGCCAGUUCUCAGAGAGAAUCUAUCAGAUCACUUUUAAAUAACAUAAACAGGGAUUAUAACUUUGUAAAACUAAGUGUGCUUAACGGACAAAGACUGGGAACACAGGUCGUUGAAAUCAGUUGUGUUAGGGUGGUGGGAUUAUGCAAAAACAAUUUCAUUCCUUUUAAAAUUUUCUUUGGUAUUGUUGUCAUAUUGCUUUGUAAUAAAUAAACAGCAGAAAGGGAACUAUAGAAACAUAGAGAAGAUGCCAGAAGCAGAUGUCUUCUGGCCAGAGCCCAGAGCAUGCAGGGCACAGAUAUUUGCUAGUUACAAUUAUUCCAUAGGCUUCGUAUUUGCCUGGGUGCUGAGGUUGGCACACGCUCGGGUAUGGCACGUGCUUUCUUAAGGGACUAUUAUCUCUAAGUGGAAGCUAAGGAGACGUCGCUAUUCGAGCUCCAGGCACAUCCUUCUGCUUUAAAAGUGGCCGCCCUCUGCUUGGGCAUGGCAGAGAGGUUUCUGUUUUGGUUACUGUAGAUUGGGUGGGGUGACAUUUGAUUUGCCCCCUUGAAAACAUCUGGUUUGGGUAUCACCUCUCUGGCUCAUGUUAGCAGAUUUUCGGGUUGAAUUUUGGAGGCAUAGAAGGAUGAAUCCCCCGGCUCCCACCAUGUCCUUGUCUGACCGGAUGUUGUAUCAUUCAGGUAGGAUUCUCCUGCUAGUGACCAGUGGGCAAGUCCCUUUGAUCUCAAUAGAAGUUAUGACUUGCAAUUAAAAGCUGACUGUGAAAACAAAGACAAAUAUUUAGAGCCGCCUUUGCCUGUUGGUCUUCAGCUCCUGUUAGCUUUGGCUGGAGAUGGCCUCCGUGUGCUUUCUGUACCGCCUGAUUUAUAGGUUGUAGGCAGUAACUACUGUCAUUUUUAAAGAGCAAAAGGGAGACCGUCUACCGAAAGAGAGGAAUUUUUCUCUAACUCACUGAAGAAAUUGUAGGUGAUGAGUUUUAUAACAAGGUAGCAGCCUCAGAUGUUACUCAGUUUCCCCAAGAGCAGACCUUAUACCUGGAGAACCCACUUUUCAUUGGCCAUCCUCAACAUAAAAAUACUUCCGGGAGUUCUGCUCCCUGCCAUCCCGAGUUGAAUCUCAUGGUCCUUCUCUGAGCUACUUGCAGUUAAUAUCCCCAGUUAAACACAGGCAUAGCCAGUGAUGCCAAGCUUCUCCCAGUCUCUGAGCAAGAGGACUGAAACUCAGCAUUUGUAAAUCGAUGGUCUAAUAGGCCCGGGAUUUCAAGUGAAUUUAACGCGCAAUUCCGAACAUAUAUUUGCAUGUGGCUUGGGAGGGAAAGAAAUGGUACCUUGGCAGGAAUGGGAAUAUUUUUCCUAAGAAAGAGUUUUUCAUAAAAGAUUUGGUUCCAAUAUAAUCUUUUCUGUUCAUUAGCUUUGAUUGUUUCACUCCUUUCCUGAUCCCACGCUCCUUUAGUGACCAAAUGAAUAUCACCCAACUCCUCAUGCACUGGGAAUGUCUGUUUGAUAUUAAACAAUAUCUCACCAAAUCUGCAAAUGCGGGAAUGGAACUAGAGCCUCCAUGCACACACUUCCGUGUGCGAGUAUACAACAUUACAAGCAGCAUUUCCUGCCACAAAAUACAAACUUGCAGGAUAAACUGAUAGAAGCUGGUUAGUGCCAUCAGAGUCUCCUUUGGCAGCCGCCAUUGGGUGAAUGCUACCAGCCGUAAGGGAGAUACCGUGGUCACCUGGUUUAGUACCUAAGAGGUCAACAGCAAUUACAAAGAAGCAAGCAGACAUAGUGGAAGGAGGACUUAGCCUAGAAGUAAGGAGACCUGGAUUCUAAUAUAGGCUCUGUUGCUCAGUUAGUGUGCAGCCUUGGGCAAGUCACUUAACCUUUGCACGGCUCUUCCUUCAUCUGUAAAAUAAGGGUAUCAGACUAGAUGACCUCUGAGGUCUUUCCAAAAGUUCUAUCAUUCUGUGGUACUGUAGGUUGCCUUGCAGAUCUAGCCUGCUACAGUGAUGGAUGGCAAAUAUCACAUGCUCAAACCUGGGUUUCUUAUGUUGCCACUAAACAAUAGAAAUGUGUAAGAUGAUGUGGGGAAAAAACCUCAAGUAAAUGAACAUAACACUAGGGAAUGUUGAUAAAACUUGUGGCAGCCUUCCCAAUCCUCACAGUUGUUUUGUUUUGUUGUUGUUUUAAUGUCCUUUUCUUGUAGUGUGUUCCCAGUUUUUAUUUCCCAUAUGGUCUGUAUGUAAAGUCUGGUUUUCAUUAAGCUGUGGCCAGUAUUUGCUACUAGAACAGAAAUACACUGUCACACUUGCUAGAACAGAACUACGUUUGGGGCCUCUCCUUUCCUAUGAAGUGAUGCUGGGCUUUGUAGACUUUACUUUGUAAAUGGCACGGGAUGGCAGAACCAUGCAUUUCAAUGGCUGGGACUAUUAAAAGCGGACGUAAGCACUUGUAGGUUGCAGAGAAAGAAAUGACAAAGUAAGUACAUGCUAUUAGCAUUGAGGAGUGUUGACAAAUCCACUUGUUGGGAACCAAAGAUAGCAUUUCUGAUGACAACUCCCACAGUGAUCGGCCAGUUGUAGGAGUAUACUGCUGGAGAGAGGGUAUGCUGGAAGUCAGUUAGUCCCAAUGCCCUGCCUGUUAGCAGAGUGCCAACCAGCCCUGAGUGUGAAAUUCAAGUUCAGUGUGUGUGCUUGUGUGUGGCGUGCUUUAUGGACCCGCAUCUACUAUAUUCAUUAGUGAUGAUAAGACCUUUCACAGAAUCCUAUAACCAUUCGUGGGUUGAGUUUUAAAUCUCAGGACAUCAGCCAGGAGGAUUCAGAUCACAGGUGGCUGAUGGGAUUAUACUCAUGAUAUCCAGACAAAACAUGUUGAGGAGGAUCUAUAUUUUCAUUUUUUAUCAGAAUUGUAUCUCAUUUGGUUGUGCAUUACUUUUGUUCAAAUGUGUUACCUGUAAACCCAUGUGUGGUGAAAUUCUUCUGUAACUUUGGAUUAAAGGUAUUUAUGGUCUUUUUGUUGUUUGAUUUUUUUCAGUAAGUUAUUUCUUUCAUAGACCUGCUGAUGGUGUGGUUCUAUCCUUCUGACCUCAGCUUCUGAUUUUUUUUAAGGACUUUUGUUUCCAAUAUUGUUAUUUUAAAUUGUGGUUGAAGCAAUAGAAAAUUGAAAUAUGGAUUGUGCAUGACUGUGUCUUGAGUGUAAAAAUAUUGCAGUUUGAAACUUGGACCUAAAGUAUUGCAAAUAAAAAUGACAAACAUCAA